AUGUCGCGGUCACUUUUCACAUCAGCAGCUGCGCGGCGGUUGUCCCAGCAGCACGGCCGACUCUUCUCAACUUCCCAAUCUUCCUUGCGCCUCUCCGCAUCGUCCUCCGCUGGCCAACUCGCUUCCCGCCGACUUACAGCUGCUUCGGCGGGCGCACCUGUUUACAGGCCGUUCGCACGUGGGUGUCUAUUGCGAUCACCUACCCGUCAAUCCGUCGCUUCGUUUUCCUCCUCGUCCGCUCGGCUCACCACCAAGGUCACGCAAAACCCGAGAACUGGAGAUGAUGGAGAGACUCUCAUGAUCAGUAUCUCUCCUCGCGCAGUGUCGCGUCUCCGUGAAAUCACCGACCCAUCCUCCUCACCCUCUGCCACGAAAGAAGAAAACCCCUACCACCAUCUCCGCAUUACCGUGACCAGUGGCGGCUGCCAUGGUUUCCAAUACCUGAUGUCCCUCGAAUCAGCAGCCAAGAUUGAUGUCGAAGAGGAUACCAUUUUCGAAGGCGAGGCAGAUCCAUCGGAAGCUUCAACAAAGGCCGCCGGCACGGCAAAGGUCAUUAUGGACGAGCCCUCGCUAGAGCUGUUGUCUGGCAGCACGGUCGAUUACACCACCGAGCUGAUCGGUAGCCAGUUUAAGAUCGUGGACAACCCGCGGGCAACGAGUAACUGCGGCUGUGGCACGAGCUUUGACGUGAUGGACUGA